AUGAAACCGACCGCGUCGCCGAAAGCGCCUACGAAAGAGCCGACGUACCCCUCGGCCACUGGACAGCCCGUUCAAGUCGACGCCGAUGGCCGUCCUAUUGUCGAGGCUGUGCCGCGCGCCCCUGCGGCCGUGAUUCGCGCCCAAGUCGUGCCCAAUAACGCCAACAUCCGUCGGGACGCGCAGGGCAAUGCCCUGUGCACGCAAUGCGCGACGCCGUACCCGCUUCCUGGCGGUUGCACCAGCUGGCGAUGCCGCAGCUGCGGGGAGCUGAAUAACGCGAGUAUUCGCGGAAACGAGUGCAGUAUCUUGUAA